CUCUCUCUCGCUUUCUUUGCUUCUCCUCCACUUUCAUCAACUCCUCCAACCAUCGCGAUCAGCCACAUCUCCAGCACAUCUCCAGCACAUCUCCAGUCCCGCCGACUAUCUGCAGCUGACAGCUAUCACUCCUUUGACCGACUCUCCCUCUACCCCUCCUAUCGUCUCAGCGUGCCUCGGCCGUCUUCACCAUGGCGGAGUUCGUGCGCGCCCAGAUAUUCGGCACCACCUUCGAGAUCACCACCAGGUGCGUCGACAAUACGGCAUACAAGAUGAAGAGUAGAGAUUACUGACUGCCGCAGAUACUCGGACCUGCAGCCGGUGGGCAUGGGCGCCUUUGGGCUUGUCUGGUAGAUAUCCCAGCUCUUCCAUGUCAUCGCCAUAUCCGCCAGGCUAACUGUUGAAACUGCAGCUCCGCCAAAGACCAAUUGACAAACCAGGCCGUCGCCGUCAAGAAGAUCAUGAAGCCGUUCAGCACGCCCGUCCUGGCCAAGCGGACCUACCGAGAGCUCAAGCUGCUCAAGCACCUGCGGCAUGAAAAUGUCAUCAGCCUAAGCGACAUCUUCAUCUCGCCGCUCGAAGACAUAUACUUCGUCACAGAGCUGCUCGGCACCGACCUCCACAGACUGCUCACCUCCCGGCCGCUGGAAAAGCAGUUCAUACAGUACUUUCUCUACCAGAUCCUCAGAGGCCUCAAGUAUGUCCAUUCCGCCGGCGUCGUCCACCGCGACCUCAAACCGAGCAACAUCCUCAUCAACGAAAACUGCGACCUCAAGAUCUGCGACUUUGGCCUCGCCCGUGUCCAGGACCCCCAGAUGACCGGCUACGUCUCGACGCGGUACUACCGUGCCCCCGAGAUCAUGCUGACAUGGCAAAAGUACGACGUCGAGGUCGAUGUCUGGAGUGCGGGGUGCAUCUUCGCCGAGAUGCUGACUGGUCGACCGCUUUUUCCGGGCAAGGAUCAUGUCAACCAGUUCUCCAUCAUCACAGAGCUGCUCGGGACGCCGCCAGACGAGGUCAUCCAGACCAUCGGCUCUGCCAACACACUCCAAUUCGUCCAGUCUCUCCCCAAGCGACAGCGACAGCCACUCAGUGAAAAGUUCAAAGAUGCAGACCCUCUCGCCGUCGAUCUGAUUGAGAAAAUGCUCGUCUUUGAUCCCAGAGCACGAACCAGCGCUGUCCAGGCUCUGGCCCACGAAUACCUGGCCCCUUACCACGAUCCUACAGACGAACCAGUGGCCGGCGAACGCUUCGACUGGUCCUUCAACGACGCCGAACUCCCCGUCGAUAGCUGGAAGAUCAUGAUGUACUCUGAGAUCCUCGACUAUCAUAACGUCGACCAGGUGUCACAGGAGUACACCGAGCCCCAGCCGCCCCCAAUAGAUAUGGCAGCCACCGCCUCGGUGUCCCAUCCCCAAUGAUACGCUGGGUGCAAUCCGCGCCAUUAAUGCAUUCAUAAUGACAAUACAUACAUUAAAGUGAGAGAAAAAAACAACUCGAUGAGAAACGGGAAAAGAAAGCAAUUAAAUGCAACAAAAAACGUGAUGGGAGCAAUGACCGUCUAAUAGAAACGAAAAA